CGAAUAUAUAUAGGACUCACAUAUUUUUGUCAAAGCAAAAUAGUAUAGUGGAGAGACUAAAAGCCAAGUCAUAGCCAUAGCCAUGAGUCUUAUUAUCAAUUUAAAAUCGCCAUACUUACUCUCUCUAAGCUUUCUCCUCCUCUUACUUGUUACCCUCUACUUCUCUCCAUUCAACCGAAAAAACCAACUCACUCUUAAUCUUUCUUCUCAUAAUCCAAACAAUGCUUCUACUAACUCAUCACAGACCAAUUCCCAAACAAGAUAUAUAUCACCGGCACCGGAUCCGGCACCGGCAUCUUCUCCGACGCCGACGACUAACCCAAACAAGCUGUCUCCCUCAAAACAUGGCGUUGUUACUUCUCACCAUUUCAAAAAUAAGAGCAGUGAAGAGAGAAUUGAAGAAGAACUGGGUAGGGCAAGAACAGCAAUACGCAAAGCCAUUCUCACAAAGAAUUAUACGUCUGAUAGAACAGAGAUUUACAUCCCCAGAGGAUCUAUUUACAGAAAUCCUUAUGCAUUUCAUCAGAGCCACAUAGAGAUGAUAAAGAGAUUCAAGAUAUGGACAUACAAAGAAGGAGAUCUACCUAUGGUUCAUAAUGGGCCUACGACAUACAUCUACUCGAUUGAGGGCCAGUUUAUAUUUGAGAUGGAAAGUGGGCCAAGCCCAUUUGCGGCAAUGAGUCCAGAAGAGGCCCAUGCAUUUUUUCUACCUUUAAGCAUCUCCAAAAUCACAGAUUAUCAGUAUAGGCCACACCACGAGACCUUUUUUCAUCGUAUGGUUCGCGUGUUCGCUGACUACGUUUAUGUCGUGGCAAAUAAAUAUCCCUACUGGAAUCGAACCAGUGGAGCUGACCAUUUCUUCGUCUCUUGCCAUGAUUGGGCAUCAUUAAUUACACGUGAUCACCACGAAGAUCUCUACAAAAACUUCAUGAAAGUGCUUUGCAAUGCCAACACUUCAGAAGGGUUCAAGCCCACAAGAGACGUCUCAAUACCAGAAUUUAACCUAAAGGCAUUCGAACUCGGACCGCCGCAUCUCGGCCAGCCACCGGACAAGCGGCCGAUCCUAGCCUUCUUCGCCGGCGCGGCCCAUGGUGACAUAAGGAGCAAACUCUUCGAGCAUUGGAAAGAAAAAGACGAGGAAAUCCUUGUCUACGAAAGUCUUCCCAAGAAGUACAACUACCACCAAUUAAUGGGACAAAGCAGGUUUUGCUUGUGCCCUAGUGGCUCAGAAGUUGCAAGCCCUAGAGUGGUGGAGGCCAUGUACCAAGGCUGUGUGCCGGUGCUCAUUUCUGAUUUUUAUGCAAUACCCUUUGAAGAUGUUCUUGAUUGGAGUAAGUUCUCAGUACAAAUACCACCAAAGAGAAUAUCAGAGAUCAAAACCAUCUUGAAAGCGAUUCCAUACUCAAAGUACUUGACUUUGCAGAAGAGGGUGUGGAGAGUUAGGAGACAUUUCAUGUUGAAUAGGCCUGCCAAGCCCUUUGAUGUAUUCCAUAUGGUUCUUCAUUCAAUUUGGCUUAGAAGGCUUAACUUUAGGUUGCCAUAUAAUUAGUAUUAUUAUUAUUAUUAAGUUAGUAAGGAAAUUUGUUGCCUUGUGUGAAAAUAAUAUAAUAGUGAAGAUGUAGAUAAUUGAAUGAAGUUUGAGGGUAGUGAUGAUAAGUGUUUUCAAUAUUUACCUCUUACAUUAAAAAAAAUGUAUUAUCAUUAAUUUUAGAUAUAUAUUAUAAUUUAUUGAA